AUGAGAUGGACAAAAAUUGCUUGGAAUGAAAUAUCUGCUAAAAUAAUUCAAAAUUGUUGGAUCCAUACAAAAAUUAUAUUACUUCGUAAUGAAACUGGAAUACUUAUUACUGUUCCUAUUAAUGUUAAUGAUAUUAAAAAUACAAAAGAAAACUUAACUGAAGAAUUAAUUAUCAAAGAACUCCAAAAACAAAUAGAUUUAUUAUGUGUUUAUACCUCAAUACCAAUUAAAAACUGGAUAAAUUCUGAAGAUGAACAAAAGAUACAUCAACAAUUUACCAAUGAUGAUUUUAUUCAAG